GCUCUAUAAAUUAAGUACCUUACCCUUCAUUCUUUCUUCACUCCCACAUCUUCACAUUCUCUCUCUCAUACACACUAGUUCAUUUCAUUGACCCUUCAAAUACCAAAACAAAAAAAAAUGGCUCUCAUUGGUUUGUUCAUCAUGGUGUUUCUAACAAUGUUUUCAUCUGCUUAUGGUUAUGGUGGAGGAUGGGUUAAUGCACAUGCAACUUUCUAUGGAGGAAGUGAUGCAUCAGGAACAAUGGGUGGUGCAUGUGGAUAUGGAAACCUAUACAGUCAAGGUUAUGGAACAAACACUGCUGCUUUAAGCACAGCUUUGUUCAACAGUGGUUUAAGCUGUGGUUCUUGUUUUGAGAUUAGGUGUGCUGGUGACCGUAAAUGGUGUCUUCCUGGCUCUAUUUUGGUCACUGCUACUAAUUUCUGUCCUCCAAACACUGCCUUGCCUAAUAACAAUGGAGGAUGGUGUAACCCUCCUUUACAACACUUUGAUCUUGCUCAACCUGUUUUUCUUAGAAUUGCUCAAUACAAAGCUGGAAUUGUUCCUGUUUCUUACAGAAGGGUACCCUGCAGAAGAAGGGGAGGAAUUAGGUUCACAAUCAAUGGACAUUCUUACUUCAACUUGGUUCUAGUAACAAAUGUGGGUGGUGCUGGUGAUGUACAUUCAGUAGCUAUUAAAGGAUCAAGAUCAGGGUGGAUGCAAAUGUCUAGAAAUUGGGGUCAAAAUUGGCAAAGCAACAAUUACCUUAAUGGCCAAGCUUUGUCUUUCAAGGUUACAACAAGUGAUGGCAAAACAGUCAUUUCCAACAAUGUUGCUCCAUCUGGUUGGUCCUUUGGUCAAACCUACACUGGUGCUCAAUUCCGCUAGACACAUUAUAUCAAAGUUCUAUGUCACAUAAUUAAUUAAAAUUAAUCACAUAGUAUUAUGUAAUUUUCUUAAAUUGAGUAUUAGUAUAACUCAAUAGUAUACUAGGGUAUUAGAUAGUAUGCUAGUUUUGGGGGUUGAGGUGAGAAGGGUUGGUUGGUAAGUAAUUGAAAUUGAAAUUGAAAUUGAAAUUCUAGGGGUUAGAAAAUGUGAAGGGCUUUUUUUGAAUUGGCCUUUCAUCAUUUUGAUUGAAGCAAGAUGGUUCAUAUUUAAUUGAACCUUCUUGAUUAUUGGAGUCUUUUUCUAAUCUUCAGUUGGCAAAGAAGCUAGCAAAGAAGAUUAUGGUUAUUUAUAUUUUAUUAUCUUAGUAAUUUUACUAUUUUGGAAGUGGUGGAAAAUUAUACCACCCGCCAUAUUAGUAUUGUUAGAAGCAUUGUUUGCUUCACUAAUUCUAUGUUAGCAAACUUUGUUGAGUGAUUAAUAGUAUGUUGGUGUAUUGGAGAAUUUGUAGUUGUAAAAUGUCCUAUGAUGCAAGUAAUGGAAAAUUGAAGUAAUUUGCUACUAUUA